AUGGACGUGGCGGAAGAUGUCGCAGGCUGGGAUGAAGCCAUGUUUGUGCACAAGCUGGACAAUCUCCUUCGCUGUCCCAUAUGCCUGCUGGGCAUCCGUGAUGCCUCCAUGUGUCCAUCGCAGCACAUCUUCUGUGACGCCUGCCUCCGUCGCUCCGUCUCCAUCCAACGCAGAUGCCUUCUCAUCCCUCCACCUGCUUCGCUCACAUCUUUCAUGCUCUGGCCAUAUGGUUCCCUCUUCAACUGCGGUGCAGGUUGGACUGCUGCCGCAACCAACCGCGAAUCGUGCGCCCGUUCAAAUGGACUUGGCAUUCACGAGGACAGAGCGACACGCAAGCGCAACUGA